AUGGUGCGGAUAGCGGCGGUCAGUGCCAACUGCCUGUCGGCUCUCCAUAUCACCCUCAACUACGUCGUCAAACUCUUUCUCUCUAGAAAGCCCGACUGCCCCUCCAUUCCCUCGACUGUAGCCACACAACUCUACACAUUCAAACAAACACACUACCGCGUAGUCGCCACGCAAAAAGCCAUCUCUUCCCGACCACAGAAAGGUACAGCAGCGUUCAGCAUGUCCCGCUACACUCCUACACCGACUAAGGCUAAGGGCCACAUUGACCCGCUCGCCAAGGUCUUCAUGUGGCGAUGUAGUGACUGCAAGUAUGUCAACGAGACAUUGGCCAGCGAAAAGGGCUCUGUCAGGAUGCUCACGGGCGGCGACGAGCUUCGAGAACCCAUGUGGUACGAGGAGAAGUGUGAGAUGUGCCGCCAGAAAGCAGGUAGGGGAUGCUGUCUUCUCCAAAUGAAGCCUAUAACGCCCUUUCAGCCUAUGGGUGAAGCUAAAGGCAAGAUCAAGGCGCCGGUGAACGAAGACAUUUAG